GGACACUGGAAAACCAAGCUAGCAAGCAGCAACUGUAGGAAGACUGACAGCAAGGUGAAACCGCCUUCCUGUUCAUCCCAAGUAGUUGAAUCUUUUCUGCAGAGUAGAGGAGGAAGUCAUGAUCUCCUUGGAAUGCUGCAUUUAACUCCUGUCUGCAAUGAACUGGCCAGCCCAUGAAGAGAACCUAGAUGACUGCAGUCACUAAGGAGUUACAGUUUGCACACACAACGAGGGGAAAUUUUGGAUGUGUGUAGGCAGCCAAUAAAAGAGGAGAUAAACAAUGCAGCUGACUCAUACCCAGCAAGGCUUAGACUGUGACUGCAUCACUGUUCCAGGCAGAUCGCAGCUCUUUGUUGCAGUCGCACUAGCUCACUCCUGUAGUCUCUAUGCCCACACGUCUGGAGUUCUCUCCCCCACUAAACGCCAGAAAAUGGCCAAUCUGAUGCCCGUAAUAGCCCAGGAAGAGCUGGAUAACUUUAUCUUCACCAGGACAAGUUCUGGCUUCGCCCUCAAAGCCUUUCAUGCUCCUCAGAACAUUAACGUAUCACUGAAACUGCUGACCAGCCAGAAUACAACAGAGAGUGAGUUGAAGGUGCUACUCCAAGAUGUAGCAAACACACGACGCAUUCAGUCUGAACAGCUCCUGCCUUCUCUUGGGAUCUACCAAUCUCAGGGACUUCUGGGGGUCGUGACUGAAUGGAUGUGCAAUGGAUCCCUCCACUCACUCAUCCACGAGCACCACCUGUACCCAGAAUUGCCUUUUCCCCUACUCAUGCGGAUCCUGUCAGAUGUGGCUGAAGGAUUAUAUCAUCUCCAUAGACUAGAUCCUCCUCUCCUCCACUACAGCCUGAAACCCUCCAAUGUCCUUUUGGAUACACAAUAUAGAGCUAAGAUAACAGAUUAUGGUCUAACCUCCUGGAGGAAGCAGCAAAGAUCAGUUCUGCAGAACUGCAAUAGAAGCUGCUGGGAUUUGGUAUACCACUCUCCUGAAAUACUUGAAGGAGGUGUACCCUCACAAGAAGGAGAUAUUUACAGCUUUGGAAUGCUAUGUUGGGAAAGCUUAAGCAGACAGAAACCUUUUGAAGGCAAAAAAAACCUGCUGGAAGUUGUGACAGGAGUGUGUAGUGGCCUGCGGCCUGGGACUGAAGCAGAGUAUAUACAGAGCAAUUUGCCUCAGAGAAACAGGCUGUUACAGCUCAUCAUACUGUGCUGGCACCAAGACCCAGAUUACAGGCCCCAAACUGCAGAAUGUGUGGAACUCUUAAGGAGAAUUUUGAGUGCUUUUAGCAAGGAGAAGAUUUCCAGUGCAAUCUACAGUUUGAUUGAUGCAAAGGAGAGAGCAGUAAAUGCCUGCAAAGGCUCAGUUCCACACAUGCUUCAGACACAUGUGCGCAAUCUAGAGGUCAUCUGUGCACAGAAAAACAGCAACCGGCUUAUCGACAAGAGUGUCCAUCUAACAGCACAGAGAUUGUCAACUGUUCUUGACAGCCCUGCAGGAAGAGAGAAGGCUAAUCAGAUGGUACUUGCAGAUAUCACAGCGCCAAACACAACACAAAAAAAAGCUCAUCCAGGUAGUAGAGAAUCAGCUCUGCAGCAUUCCUUUCCCACUCCUUGUACCUCUGAUCCACAUGCAAGCAGAGAAGAUGGUGGUCAGUGUCAAAGGGACCCAAAGCUGUGGCAGCAGCAGCCACUACAGUUAUCGCUGCCACCUGAGCACAGUCCCCAUCAUAGCCAAUUUCAAAGCACACAGUGUGAACAAACAUUAACAGGUCCUUGCUGCAAAGGCAACUGCUGCCAGAUCCUAGCCUGUGGGCGACAGACUAUCUUGAGCUGCAUGACAGAAGGGCGCCUCAACCACAUUCUUGAUGUCCUUCGCUCCCAGCGAGUGUUGUCUAAAAUGGACUAUGAAAUGAUCACCUCUUUCCCCACCCUGACCAGCCGCGCUCGUGCUUUGUUGGACACUUGCCUCUGCCUUGGAGAGAGGGCAGCUCAGAUUGUAGUGACUGUGCUCUCAACUAGCAAAUGUAGCCCUCUGGCACGAGGCAGCCAUAUCACAGACAGCUCUGCUAAAUUAAAUAGACGACUGCAGUGACUUAAGUUA